UAUAAUAAAUUCAACAUGUUGUACGUACUUGUGGUAAUAUAUCUCACUUUAUCAUCUUUUGAAGUUGAAAGUCAAAAGUCGGUUAAAGUUCAUUCCUAUGAUUCCCUGGUUACCUAUCUCACAAAGGGAGCAACUGUAUGGUAUGUCUUCAAUACUUCAAGCUGUGAACAACCCUCGAUGAAGCCUGAAGAGGAUAAUCCUGUGUUUGGUGGUGAAAUCAAGAUGUUUGUGUCCACUCCCAAUUCACAAUAUGAAGAAGGACAAACAAUAUUCAGCCACGUUCAGUACAGUGACGAAAAUAUAACUGAUUUGAAUGAGGAAAUACAAUCAAUGUGGAUUUUGAAUGAUUCCGCGAUGGUAUUUUGGGGAAAACCCGGCUUCUUUGUGAAUAACACUGAUGAUCUAGAUGGUACAAUGUGUAACUGGACAGUGGGAGAGGGAAGUGUAUGGGUAAAGCCACAUAAGGAACAAAAGCGACUCGAGUCAUUCAAAGAAAUCCAGACCCUGUUGACUUCCGGUGAGGAGGUUCGUUGGGCGGUGAAUAUGAGCGGAUGUAAAUGUCCACCGGAUCCUGACGAAUGUGGUAAUGGCUCCUUUGGAAAUGCUAUCAAAGAUUUCAAGAUUAUGAAGGAUGGUUCCAUAAGUUUUUCCUCGUCGAUGACAUUCAUUAUUCCCCUUUCCUGGCAGUAUGUCCGACUUGUUGCAUUCGGACAUAUUUACGAAAACAACACGGCAUAUUUCAUGAUUUCCUAUUUAGAUCCCACAACAUGGCAAGAUGCAGAAGAUGACAUGGUGUUAUGUUCAAUAAGCGCAGAUCCUUCUUCAUCAGGAGCUAAAUUUUUUACCACCAGAAAAUGAAUUUGUCAGCAUGAAUAGUAAUGCUUUAUUAGAGGUAACUCGUCUAGGUUUUAAAGAUGAAGCCUGGAAAAAGAUGAAGGCAUACAUGUAUUACCACAGAAAUACAUGAUCAUAAAUUGAUUAUAGUAUGCUGCAUUAUUAGACCCCCAAAAUAUAAGGAAAGAAAAUAAUGGACAUGGCUAUGAUAUAAUACCUAAAGAUGCACAAAUAAAGUUGUAAGCA